GUCCCGGCCGGCGCUUGACUGCCCGAUGGCUUUCCUCUUUCAUCUGCGGGGGUCUUGUUCCCUUUAUCCAUGUUUGUCUAUGGCUUUUUCCUUCUUCUUUUUUUUCCCUUUCUACUUUCCACUGUUCAGCAUUUUCUCUCUCUGUGAUACCCUCCCUUUCCCUUUCCCUUCGUCCUUGUUUCCUCCUUCCUAUCGAGUCGCCAGGGGUACCCGGGACUUUGCAUCCGUUUCCCAGUAUACUCCGUACAUUGGACCAAGACUUGGUCGUCGGUUUUCGCGCUUCGUCCCGUCCUGCUCCUAAGGUGACCAUCAUUCCGCGAGGCAGCCAGCGUAUCUCCUCCGCAAAGCUCGCACGCCCUCACAGAAAUCUGUCCAACUGUCCCCGGAGCCCCAGGGGAUUUUAGGCCUCCUUGGCCAGUACAGUCCAGCAGUCAUGACCCCCUCAACCGGAGAAUGCGAAGUAGUCCAGCACUCCAUGUUCGCAGACCCAGGCACCACCCCCCUGAUCCUAAUCCACGACGGCGGCGGCACCACCUUCCCCUACCAGUGCCUGGAACCCCUCCACCGCCCCGUCUACGGCAUAGCCAACCCGCACUUCCGCUCCGGCGCCCCCUGGCCCGGCGGCCUCCCGCAAAUGGCCGAGACCUACGCCGCCAUGGUCCGCCGCACCGUCCGCUCCCCGUCCUUCCCCCAAGUCACCGCCUCGUCCAGCAAAAAGUCCGUCGCCCGCUCCCCCUACGGGUCCCCCCUCUGCCCGGCGCGCGCCCGCAUCCUCCUCGGCGGCUGGAGCCUGGGCGGCAUGCUGGCGCUGCAGAUGGCGUGGAUCCUCCAAGACGACCCGGACGUCGAGGUCGUCGGGCUCAUCCUGGUCGACUCGGUCUGCCCGCUGCGCAACAGCCUUGAUCCGGCCCCGUCCAUCGACUCGGUGCAGCUUGCGGGCGGGAGGAAGGUGGGCGGUCUCUGGGACGAAGAGGAGAGGGAGCCCGUGCGCGUCAACGAGCGGCUCGCGCGCCGGGCUAUGAGAGCGGCGGUCGAGAUGGUGAGGAGGUGGGAACCCCCGCGUUGGGGGUGGAAGGUUGUCACGGCUGAGCCGGAGGUGCCGAGACGGUUGGAGAGUGACGAGGAUUGCGAGGACGACGACGACGACGACGACGACGACGACGACGACAACAAAAACAACAACAACAACGACAACGACAACGACAACGUGAAAAGUUCGAGACCAACGACAAAGGCGACGACGACGACGACAACGUCCUCGAAAACAUCCGUGCCUUCGGUUCCCCACGGACCCCCUCCGACGGUCUUCCUCAAAGCAAGAAACUACGUCCCCAUGAAACGCAAAGGGGAGAUCUGCUCCCUGGAUGUUCUGCGGGAGUGCGACGACCUGGGAUGGAGCCGCUACCACGUCGGGUUCCUGGGGAAGAUCAUCGAGAUGGACGGCCAUCAUUUUGACCUCUUUGCGUGGGCGAGGCUCGCGGGCACCACGGAGAAGAUUCGGGACGCUUGUGAUUCGCUCGACGGGAAGGGGACGGCACGUCGUCCGUAAGGGAGUCUUGGAAGGAGGAGACAGAGGUCCCAGUACCAGGAAGUAAUGGCAAAAGAAAAGGAGUAAUAAUGCCAGGGGGUAUCAUAUUUACGAACGGCUACCUAUACUCUAUACACAAACUCUCGUCCAACACAGCGCCAGUCAGUCUCAGUGUGCCGCCCGUGACCACUUUCCGCCCCUAUUCAACUUUGCCCACCAAAACACGAUUCCAAUGGACAGCAGCCUGCAUCCCUGGAACCCCAGCGCGGUGUGUAAGUAUACUUCAUGGACCCCCGAAGGUCAUCAAGGGCCUCGGACCAACUUCCCCAGCAGAGCAAACACCACGUUGUUACAUGGUUUUUUUAUGCUUCGUUGGAAACAGUAACCAGCAAGCAUGCCCCUUUCUUAUCGAACGUGACCGACGAACAUGGGGG